AUGACACUUAAUAAUACUGAAAUCGCUACAUUCGCGGCAGGUUGCUUUUGGGGAACUGAGCACAUCUUUAAUAAACAUUUCAGGGACGUAGGCAUCAAAACUCGAGUAGGUUACAUGGGCGGUGAGUUGGUGAACCCUUCUUACAAGCAAGUGAAGGCAGGUGAUACCAACCAUGCUGAAGUCUGUCAAAUUCUCUUUGAUCCUGAAAAAGUCUCCUUUGAACGACUAGUCAAUUUCUUUUAUAGCAUGCAUGGUAAAGUAUGGGCAUCCCUUGAUUGCUGCUGCAUUCUGGCAGACAAUUUAUUGUCAAUUCACCAUGCCUAUCUUUCUAUCUUAGAUCCAACAACGUUAAAUGCUCAAGGUUCCGAAGAUAUUGGUACGCAAUAUCGCUCGACUAUCUUCUACCAUAAUGAUACGCAAAAAGCUAUUGCCGAAAAAGUAACAAGAUUCGUUCAGGAGAAAUACCUGCCCAACCAACCUAUCGUUACCACUUUUGAGCCCGCAACGACAUUUUACGAUGCUGAGGAAUACCAUCAAUUAUAUUUGGAAAACAAUCCUGAUGGUUAUACAUGUCCAACUCACUACCUACGUUGGUAA